GAGCUAAGUGUGGCUCUGUACAGGCACCUCCUCGGCCUUCCGGAGGGCGAAGGCAGCCGGGAUGAGCCCGGAGCUGGGCAGGAUCUGAACCUGCUGUGCUGUGACAUCGAUGCCGAGUUGAUCGAGCGGGCUCGGAGCUCUAGCCCCUUUCCUGCCUCCAUAUCCUUUGCCCAGCUGGACAUCAUGGAUUCUGGGGCCAGGGAGCCCUUGCUGAGCUCCCACCUGCGCCGCUUCGGCCGCGCCGCCUUUGACAUUGGCUUCUGCAUGUCUGUGACCAUGUGGAUCCACCUGAACCACGGGGACAGCGGCCUGGUGGCCUUCCUGGCCUUCCUGGCCUCUCUGUGCAGGUACCUGCUGGUGGAGCCCCAGCCCUGGAAGUGCUACCGGGCGGCCGCGCGGCGUCUCCGCAGGCUGGGCCGGAAUGACUUCGAUCACUUCCGCUCCCUCGCCAUCCACGGGGACAUGGCGGCCAGGAUAACGGAGAUCCUGACCAAGGAUUGUGCCAUGGACCUGGUGUGUUGCUUCGGGAGCACCAGCUGGGACAGAAGCCUCCUGCUCUUUAAAGCAAAGGGCUGGAAUCCUGAGGACAGGGAGCCCUUGGAGCGGGGCUGUGAUUGA